AUGCCACACCCAGCGACACCCCGUCCCGCAGUCUCUCCCCAACCCUCGCUCAACCCGCUCAUCGCACCCCUCGUCGCUGCCUCGCUCGAACCACCCCUCAAGCGCACAAAGCACGCCCAGCAACCCGCUCUCACACCCCGCCCAAACCCCUGGUCAUCAACACCGAUCCCUCAAGGCGCACAGAUGCUCAUCGGACAACCCUCACCCGGCAACUCGCACUCGCACGCCCAGGCGCAGACGAAAGUGUGGACGAGGCCGCCGAACAAGGUCGGGCACGUCGAGCGGUGGAGGCUGUGGUGGGGUUCGGGAGUGACUCCUACUGCCAUGCUCGAGUGGUGGGAAGUCCUCCUCGUCAACACAGUCAUCCUCAUCACCCUCUCGCUCUUCUACUUCGCCCUCUCCUCGCUCCCUCCCCACCUUUCGAUCAUCGCGCGACGGGCGAGGUACUACUUGUCGGGGAGUGAGGACUUGCUUUAG